AUGGCAGUGCUUGAACAGUCUUGGGUCAAGGUCCAGGAGAAGACUUUCGGAAAAUGGUUGAACAACAAACUCAAAGCCCGUAACGUCCAACUCAACGACCUCGUCAACGACCUCUCCGACGGCGUCAUCCUCAUACACCUCCUCGAGAUUCUUUCGCAGGAGUCCUUGGGCCGCUAUGCUGCCCGACCGAAGCUGCGCGUCCAGCGCUUCGAAAACGUCAACAUCGCCCUGGACUUCAUAAAAGGUCGGAAGAUCCAAUUGACGAAUAUUGGGGCGGAAGAUGUCGUGGAUGGCAACCGGAAGAUCAUAUUGGGCUUGAUUUGGACAUUGAUUCUACGCUUCACCAUCAGCGACAUUACGGACCAGGGCCUCAGCGCAAGAGAAGGUUUAUUGCUCUGGUGUCAACGGAAGACUGCGUGCUACGACGACGUCUCCGUCAGAGAUUUCUCCGCGAGUUGGAAUGACGGUCUGGCGUUCUGCGCUCUUUUGGAUAUCCAUCGUCCAGAUUUGAUCGACUUUGAUCGGCUGGAUAAGUCGGACCACAAAGGCAACAUGCAGCUGGCGUUCGACAUUGCAUCGAAAGAGAUUGGGAUUCCGGACCUGUUGGACGUGGAAGAUGUCGCCGACGUUGCGAAACCGGACGAGAGGUCGCUCAUGACCUACAUCGCAUACUGGUUCCAUGCCUUUUCACAGAUGGAGAAGGUUGAGAAUGCUGGCAGGCGGGUGGAGAAGUUCGUGGCGAAUAUGUCCGGCGCGUGGGAGAUGCAGAACAACUAUGAGAGGAGGAUGCGCGCGCUAUUGGAACAGAUCAUGGGUCAGCAGCAGACGUGGGAGAAGGCGCAGUUUGAUGGGACAUAUGCUGAAGCGAAGGAUCAGAGUCGCGUCUUCACGAAGUACAAGCAAAGCCAGAAGCGCGACUGGGUCGCGGAAAAGAGUGAUCUCGCGGGCCUGCUCGGAAACGUCAAGACCAAACUCAAUACCUACCGUCUGCGGCCGUACGAACCUCCUGCCGAUCUCAGCCUGGAGGCGCUCGACCAAGCCUGGAUCCGUCUGAUGGAAGCCGAACGGAAUCGCAGCCAGGUCAUCAACAACACCAUCCGUGACAUCAAGAACAAUCUACGGCGCACCUUCGCCGACAAGGCUAAUGACUUUGCGUUGGCAUUGAAGACAAUGACCGCCAGUAUCUCGGGCCUUGAAGGGGAGGUUGAAGACCAGCGAGACCACACCCAUCAGAUAGCCCAGAGCCUGCCCCCGAUGGAGCAAUACCUCGACAUGAUCGCACAACUUGACACGCAAUGUCAGGAGGCCAACAUCGAAGAGAACGAUUACACAACAUACACCUACGACGAACUCGCGUACGAGUUGGGUCUGGUCCGGUCCAGCGUUCAGAAGAAACUCGCAUUCCUGGAAAAUCAGAUGGUAGCCAGGAACAUGACCAACCUGACCCCGAUCCAAUUGGAGGAAUUCGAGUCGGUCUUCCGACACUUCGACCGCGAUCUCUCCAACUCCCUCCAGGAGCUCGAAUUCUCCGCCGCCCUGGCAAGUCUCGGCUUGGUCUACGACGAGCAGGAGAUGCACGAGCGUUUCCUCGAGGUCUCCGACCGCAACGGCAGCGUCUCCUUCGAGCAGUUCAUCCGCUUCAUGGUCGAUGUCACCGAAGACCAGAACACCGCCGAGCAGGUCUUCGAGAGCUUCCGCGAGGUCGCCGACGGCAAACCUUACGUCACCGAGCUCGACCUCACGCACAGCCUGAUCCCCGACGAGAUCGUGCAGCAGCUUCUGGACACCAUGCCCGCGCACAAGGGGCCCGAUUUGCAAGAGGACCGCGACUUACCCAAGUAUGACUACAUCACGUUCAUGGACAGAUAUCUUGGCGGGAAACCGAAUGGUGGAUGA